GCCAAUGCCCAAAAAAUUAUCUUUCAUAGCUAUCUUUAUCUUCUUCUAUCACAACCAUCAGAAUGAAUACCCCGAAUUCUCAAAACGGACGUGCAGAGAACGGUGUAAACGGUCAAGAAGGGCCCCUUGUCUUUAGGGAACCUGCGUUUGCCCUUAAGUCCAACGAAGAGUUGGCAGAAUCCCUGCUGCUCGGUUGGAUACUUCUUCUAUAUCGAGGUAGCAACUCGAGCGAAGACGCCAGUUUCUCAUGCGAAUAUGGAUCACGAGGAGACGAUGCCCCAAAAGAGGGCGUCUCGGGACUUAUAACAGAUGUGAUUUUGGAAGAAGUAGAACAAGUAUCCUUGCUCCUCGAGAGAGUGCGGAAUAUACUACGGAGAUGUCGAAUAUCCAAUACGGACCCCGGAAAAUGGAAAAUCUUCUCUGCCGUAUUAUCCAAUUCCGCUGCGUUAACAGAAGAUUCAAGGAGAGAAGUGCCUAACGAACCGUUUUGCAUUGAAGCCCAAAUCUCAAGGGAAGAGCUCUCCAUAAACAAAAUACAAACUCCCGCUCUUAAAUCCCCCUCCAUGGUCAACAUCUCCGUGCAGGCGUUCGUGGAAAUUUUAGAUUCGAUUUUGUCCGACACCAACCAAACGAUUGCACAGGCGAUCCGAGUUACGAACAACGAACUCGAUAAGAUCUGGGAAUGGAAUGAGACAGUUCCUCCUACGAUCGAUACUUGCAUCCACGACAUCUUCAUUGAAAAUGCAUCUCGACAUCCUGAACGCCCAGCCGUCGUUUCUUGGGAUGGUGGGCUAUCCUAUCGUGAAGUUGACGAAUUCUCAACUCAACUCGCUAUGCAACUGAUCGACAGCAAUGUCAAGAUUGGCGAACCGAUUAUGCUCUGUUUCGAAAAGUGUAUGUGGACGGUUGUUGCUGUACUCGCGGUGAUGAAAUCAGGUGGCACCUUGGUGCUUACUGACCCAAGUCAACCGGAGGCGCGCCUGCAAACUAUAGCGACAGAAGUAAACGUACGACUGAUUUUGACGUCAGAGACGCAAGCAAAACUAGGAGCCAGGAUAUCUUCGACAGCCUCCAUAGUAAGUGUUGGGCCUAGCAUUUUCCAGAGUCGCACCCAAGAAGUCUCCAAAUCCACCUUGCCGAAAGUCCCUGGAUCGUCAGCGCUGUACAUAAUCUUCACGUCAGGAAGUACAGGCAAACCCAAGGGUGUGGUCAUCUCCCACACAAAUUACACCAGUGGUGCAAUACCUCGAGCAGCAGCAGUCGGCUAUAACGCCACCUCUCGGGUUCUUGACUUCCCUUCGUAUGCAUUUGACGUUAGUAUCGACUGCAUGCUUUGCACCCUGGCGAAUGGCGGUUGCAUCUGUGUUCCAUCAGAAGACCAACGAGUCAAUGACCUUGGCGGCGCUAUAAGAGACAUGAACGUAAACAUGGCGCACAUGACUCCGUCAGUGGCCCGUGUCUUAGACUCGGACAUUCUAGAGUCAUUGGAUGUUCUUGGUCUCGGGGGGGAAGCUGUGUCAGCUAGAGAUGCUGCGGUAUUUGGUCAUAAAACCAAGGUCAUCAUUGCAUACGGGCCUUCCGAAUGCACUGUAGGCUGCACUAUCAACAAUGAUGUUGGUACGGACCGAACGUAUACUACUAUCGGCAAGGGAGUUGGAUGUGCCACAUGGAUAGUGGACCCGGCCGAUCAUGACCGUUUGACGCCUGUCGGAGCAGUGGGAGAGCUUUUAGUCGAAGGCCCAAUCGUUGGAAAAGGCUAUCUUAACAAUCUCGCCAAUACGUCUACAGUAUUCAUAGAAAACCCUCCGUGGCUUGUUUCCGGAAAUGGUAACGUGCCAGGGAGGCAGGGAAGGCUUUAUAAAACAGGCGACCUAGUUAAAUAUGACCCAGAUGGGUCUGGGUCAAUUUUUUUCGUGGGGCGAGCAGAUCAGCAGGUGAAGCUGAGAGGUCAGCGAGUGGAGCUAGGGGAAAUCGAAUAUCACUUGCGAACGAAAUUACCCCCGGGCACAAUGUCCGCUGUCGAAGUUAUCACACCCGGAGGGAACAAAGAGAGCGCCACUUUGGUAGCUUUCAUCGCAGAGCAGAAUACAGAAAGCGCUGAGAGUAUAGACAGUCAGGCUGUCUCGUUUUCUCCUGGACUAUUGCAGGUUCUAGCUGAUAUUCAAAGUGAACUCGGUGUCGUGCUCCCACGAUACAUGAUUCCGGCGGCGUAUAUCCCCUUGAAAGAAAUACCGCUACUGGUUUCAUGCAAGACAGAUCGGAAGCAGUUGAGAGCUAUCGGGGCGGCUAUGUCACGCAGAGACCUUGCAAAGCUCAAAAUAACUGCCGUCGAAAAGCACGAAGUCCGGACGGAUAUGGAACGCCGGCUGCAUGGCCUGUGGACCCAAGUACUUGGGGACGGAACUGAAAUAAACACCAACGACAACUUUUUCGAUGCAGGAGGUGAUUCUCUCAAAGCCAUGAAGCUCGUCGCGGCGGCCCGACAACAAAAGCUAAAGCUCACGGUAGCCGAAAUUUUUGGGCAUCCAACACUCCAAGAUAUGGCUUUGGUGGUAAAACAAAUCGACACAGAUAUACACAUCGAUAUCCCCCCAUUCUCCCUUCUGCCGAGCACAUGGGCAGGACUGGAUCCCCGCACGGACGUAGGAAAUCUCUGCAGUAUUGAAGCUUCGGCUAUUGAAGACAUAUAUCCAUGUACGCCUCUGCAAGAAGGGCUUAUGGCCCUUUCUGCAAAGAUUAGCGAGGCAUAUGUUGCCCAGAGGGUUGUUGAACUUUCGGACUGGGACACUGCCGUCAAACUCAAAGCCGCGUUUGACACUACUAUCGCCGAUUGUCCAAUUUUGCGUACUCGAAUCGUCCAAGUUCCACGCCAUGGCCUGAUGCAGGUAAUAAUCAAGGAAAAUAUCACAUGGCACUCGAGCAACAGUCUGGAACAGUAUCUUCAAGAAGAUCGUGAAACCCCGAUGGGGUUAGGCACAGCUCUGUCCCGUUUUGCGCUCAUUGAGGAUCAAACGACGUGUAAAGUACACAUCGUACUCACGAUCCAUCACGCACUAUACGAUGGAUGGUCAAUGCCAUUAGUUGUUGAACGUGUCAAUGGAGCAUAUAACGGUAUAAAAAUGGAAAGGCCCACUCCUUUUAGGUCUUUCAUUAAGUACCUCAAUGACAUGGAUCGCGCCGCUUCUGAGAGCUACUGGACGGAACAGUUACAGGGAGCAAGUAGCUUGCAGUUUCCAGUUCUUCCCGAGCCAGGAUACCAGCCUCAAGCCGAAUCUUUGCUAGAGCAUUAUAUCCCGCUCACAAAAAGAUCAGCAUCGAGUACAAGUAUUGCAACGGCGAUUCGAGGCGCAUGGGCCCUCCUAGCAUCUGAAUACACUAUGACUGAUGACGUAGUCUUCGGUGAAACUUUGACCGGGCGAAACGCUCCAAUAGAAGGGAUCGAGCAGAUCGAGGGGCCUAUGAUCACCACAGUGCCUAUACGCAUUCACGUUGACAAAAUGAAGAGCGUGUCAGACUACCUAAAGGAGAUCCACAACGAAGGCAUAUCGCGCAUCCCUCAUGAGCAUCUAGGCCUGCAGCAUAUUCGACGACUAAACUCAGACGCCCGUGAGGCUUGUGAGUUAAGGACCGGUCUGGUUAUACACCCAACAACGGAGGCGGAUGACAUUAAUGGUCAUGAAGCAAAUCCUGCGGAUGGAUUUGUUCCCGCCGGAGACAUCGAAGCCGCGAGCGAAGCCUUAAAAUUUAACUCAUACUCUUUGAUGUUAGUAUGCUCACUUGACCCGCGAGGAAUUUUAGUUAUGGCAAGUUUCGAUUCGAAAACGGUUGAUGUGCCUCAGAUGAAUAGGGUUUUAAGACAAUUAGGCCAUAUAGUCCAGCAAUUUUGUGAACAGCCAAACAGCAAAGUUGCAGAUGCGUUAUCUUCGGCAGAAGAAGACGCUCUCGAGUCGCUGCGUCUCAGCAGGCUAGGGCCUAGCAGCUUGGAUGAAAAGAUAAACACAAUGCCCGGGCACGAACUUUCAGGUGCCGUCGCAACAUGGAUCGUCAAUCCUGCAAUUCCAGACCAUGUGCUCCCGGUCGGUGCCGCGGGUGAACUAUUAGUCGAGGGCCCGUUCGAAUCAUCCCUGCCAGCUGUUGAUACUCCCCUGUGGCUCAUCGGAAAAGAUACCAAUAAUGGUAGCUCCAAAAGACAAAUUUAUACGACCAACAAACUUGCGAAAUAUCGAAGUGAUGGGACUAUAAUAUUCCUUAGCCGUGUUAACUCUCAGAAGCCAGUCGACAAGGUGAAGCGAACCCCAGUUGCGCGAAGGCAUUCUGGGGGGAUGACAGCGAAGGAGCAAAAGCUUGUGCAUCUCUGGGGCCGCGUGCUCGGGAUGGAUGAAAGCGAGAUUGAUAUCAAGGAUAGCUUUUUCGAAUUAGGCGGGGAUUCUAUCGGCGCGAUGAAAUUAGUUUCGGAGGCAAGAAUGGAAGGCUUCAAACUCACCGUCGCCGAAGUGUUCAAACACAAAUACCUCAACGAGUUGGCCGAGGUGCUUGUAGAAUUCCAGCCCCCAAAAGCGCCAACCGUUAAUGGCAACACGGAAUUCUCAUUGCUUGAUACUCGAGACGUCAAAGCGUUUGUUUCCGAGGAAAUUCGGCCCAGCCUUGCGGACCAGUCCUGGAAAAUAUUGGACGUCUUGCCGGCCCGUCCCCUCCAAACGAUUGCAGUGAAAGGAACUGUCCAAUUGCCCCGGUAUUCCGCGCGGUACGAACUUUUCUACUUCAAUAAUCAUGUUGAUGAGGCCCGUCUGUUCGAGAGUUGUCAGGAAUUAGUGACAAGAAAUGAGAUUCUCCGAACGGUCUUUACGAAAGUUGAUGGGCGGUAUUACGGGAUAGUUCUGGAGCAGGUGCGAGUCCCGAUAGAAGUGCACGAGAUCGAGAGAGAUAUUGAAACCUAUGCCCACAAUCUCUGCCAUCUCGAUGUUGAGACAACCAUGCCACUAGGCUCUUCAUUUGUGAAAUUCCUAUUCGUGAGGUGCACCGAUGGUCGAGGUUGCUUAAUUCUGCGGAUUUCGCAUGCACAAUACGACGAGAUAUGCCUCCCUGUACUUCUUCGGCAGUUGUCUGCUCUGUACGAGCGCAAAGUUGUGCCCAAGGCGCUUCCGUUUUCCUCAUAUGUACAGCACGUUGUCAAGGAAAACAUCCUACAAAGCAUCCAAUACUGGAGAGAGUUAUUAAAGGGGUCUUCACUAACAGUGCUGCGCCCUGAAACACCGCUGGAAUCCAAGAUCCCAGCCGCCGUCUAUAAGACGUUUGACAUAUCAGCUCGGCCUAAGGAUAUCACAGUGGCCACCAUUCCCACGGCUGCCUGGGCGCUCUGCCUGGCCAAACGCCUCUCCCUUCGAGAUGUAACAUUUGGGGAGGUCGUCAGUGGGCGUAACAUUGAUUUUCCAAAUAGCGAUAUAGUGAUGGGUCCGUGCUGGCAGUAUAUUCCCGUGAGGGUCAAAUUCGAGGACAAGUGGACUGGACGAGACUUGCUUGACUUUGUACAACAUCAACAUAUCGCGAGUACCCGGUUUGAAGGUAUUGGGUUGACGGAAAUUGUCGAGAAAUGUACGGUCUGGCCUGAGACUGUGGACUGGUUCGACUCUGUGGUACAUCAGGACGUUGAGCAUGUUGAGAGCUUGGGAUUUUUGUCUGCAACGAGCCGGAUGGAAACCAUAUACCCUCAUGCGGAGCCAUUGCGAGAGUGGAAGAUUCAGGCUUUCUUGAAAGAUAACAAGCUGAGUAUUGAGAUUGUGACUUUUGAGUCUUGGUUGGAGUGUGCGAGGUCAUUGUUAGACGACAUCGAGAAGGUCAUGGGACUAUUGCUAGAGGAGCCGCUCUCGCGUCUUUUCAACAACUAAUUUCCCCUUUAUAGAUAGAAAUAAUUAUCGUUUGUAUCAAUUUUUCAUAAGACAUUCCAAUUGAAUUGAAGUUGACUCUUUGAUCGAGAAA